AUGGACAGCAGCAACGUGACCUACACGACCACCACCUACGCGGUGGACGAACCAACGGGCAAGGUUAAAAUUCUUCAAUAUGCUAUCCUCCCGUUCGUCGCCUACCUGCUUUAUUCGUUCUUCGCCGUGCCCCAGUCCACGCUGAACCGCUUCUUGCAGUCCACGGGAUGGGGAGGAAAAAGGGAGGGCUGGUUCCCGGAUCUUCGGGCGCGCAUCGCUUCGGUCAAAAACACUCGAGCGAUGGUGAACGAUGGCUAUGCUCGAUGGAACAAGAGCCACAAGCCAUUCUUGAUGUCUCGUCUGAUCGGCAGCCCCAUCCUGGUCCUGCCCCCCGAUACCGUCCAUGCCAUGCUUCAGAAGCCGGAUGACGAAGUCGACAUCAAGCUUUUCCUCAAGCAGGCGCUGCAAUCUUACCACACCGGCUUCCUCGCCACCAUGGAGAACGACUUCCAUUUCGACGUGAUUCGCCACCAACUGACAAGAAAACUGCCCCUUUUGACCGCGGCCGUGUACGAGGAGCUGAUCAUGGCCUUUGAGGAUCAAUGGGGGACGGACCGGGCGGAGUGGAAGAAGGUCCCGGUGUACGGGACAAUCAUGAAAAUCACCAGUCGUGCGGCCAACCGCAUCUUCUGCGGACCAGAUCUCUGUCGGAAUGCUGAGUUCCUGGAAGCCUGUAGAGAGUUCACCCAGGAGCUCUUCAAGGCUGGUGCUCUGCUCAACAUGGUCCCCGCGUUCUUGCGAUCAGUUGUGGCGCCAUUCCUUGUUGUGAAGAAGGAUAAGCAGCUCAAGAUCGCGAAGCGACAUCUUUUCCCAGUGAUCAAGCAGCGGUUGGAGGAGCUGCGGAAUGGUGCUCCACACGGACAGACGAACGACGGUAUUCAAUGGAUCCUCGAGGAAAGCUUCAAGUACGGUCCGGAACAACAAGACAUGGAUCUCCUCGCAUUGCGCGUCGUCAUUCUCAACAUGGUUGCCAUCCACACUACCUCCAUCACCAUCACCAACUCGAUUCUGGACCUCUACUCUUCGCCCCACACUGAGGAAUUUGUCGAAGGACUGCAAGAAGAGGUCGAACGAGUGCUCGCCAGGAACGGUGGAGAAUUCACCAAGGUUGCCGUCAACGACUUGCUCCGAGUCGACUCCGCCAUUAAAGAGUCCAUGCGAGUCUCCAGUCUAGGCUCGAUCAGCGUCAACAGAACGGUGGUCGCAAAAGAUGGUAUCGACCUCCCGAACGGCAUCCAUGUCCCACCCGGCGUUCACAUUGCCGCUGCUUCCGCUGCCAUCCACCGUGAUUCUGCCUUUUACCCGGAGCCCGACAAAUACGAGGCUUUCCGCUUCUCCGCACCCCGCGAACAAGAACUGAAGCAGAAAGCUCUUCGCGCCGCGGCCAAAGACACCGAGCAAGCGGACUCUCAGCCAUUGAAGAACCAGAGCCUCAUCAACACGCAGGAUACCUUCCUCAGCUUCGGACAUGGUCGUCACGCUUGCCCGGGACGCUUCUUUGCCUCGCAGGAACUGAAGCUGAUGCUGGCACACAUUGUCACGCAUUACGACAUCAAGCCUUUCAAGAAGAGGCCGGAGACGAUACAGUUCGGCUCGGCCGGGAUGCCGGAUCCGACUUUCGAGGUUGAGCUACGGAUGAAGUAG